AUGGGUUCUCUAUUGCAGCUGUCCGACGUGGCUGACUUGAUUCCGCGACACGAUGCCCAGUUCUUCAAGCAGCGAGUGGCCGAUCUGAUUGAGCGCCGUUCGCUCUCGUUCCCAGGCGCGCAGCCUGUGAGCUUUUCGCGCCGCCAUUUCCGUGACUUGCAAGACACAGAUUACUGGCUUUGCGAAAAGACCGACGGCAUUCGCUGCCUCCUUUACCUCACCACCUUCUCGGAUGGCUCUACUCAGCAAGAAGCCCAUAUGCUUAUCGAUCGCAAGAACGACUACUACAACAUCGACAACGAACACUUUCAUUUCCCCUUACCCGAUGCUCCCGAAGCGAGUUACCACACCGAAACCCUUCUCGACGGCGAGCUUGUUCUGGACAAACUACCUGGAGGUGGAGAGCAAAAGACUUUCAUGGUCUUUGACUGUCUCGCCGUUGACGGCAAGUCUCUCUUGCAGCGCACACUCGACAAGCGACUGGGUUAUUUUGUCGAAUCCGUGCUAAAGCCUUACCACAAGCUUCUCGCUCGAUACCCCGAGGAGAAGGAGUUGCAGCCUUUUGUCAUCGUGGCCAAGAAGAUGGAAAAGGCCUAUGGUGUUAUGAUGAUGCUCAAGGACGUCUUGCCAAAAUUGCCGCACGGUAGUGACGGACUCAUCUUUACCUGUCGCACUUCGCCUUACACACCUGGCACGGAUCAGAAAAUCAUCAAAUGGAAGCCGCCUCAUGAAAACACCAUCGACUUCCGCCUACACUUGGGCGAUUUUCCUUCGGUCACAGAAGACGGCCAAACAUUUCUGGACUACGACGCUUGCCCGUCUAUGGAUUUGCUGGUCUUUCAUGGUUCUGACAGGAGCGAGUUCUACGCAAAACUCCACGUGACGGAGAGUGAAUGGGAGAGCAUGAAGGGCAUGCAGCAGAUUCUGGACGGGCGAAUAAUCGAGUGCCACAAAGAUGAGCAUGGUCGAUGGCGUUACAAGAAAGAGCCGAAUGGCGAGCCUCGUUUUAGGGACGACAAGACAGAAGCCAACCAUAUCUCGACGGUUGAAAGUGUCCUGGAGAGUAUUGAAGACGCCGUGAGUGAACAGGAUCUUCUGGACAACGCAAAGAUGAUCAACGCAUCAUGGAAGAGACGUGAGGCCGAGGCAACACGACCAAUGGCAACACAGACGAACGGUGUACCACGUUAG